AUGAAAUCUAUUGGUAAAUUCAAUCCAGAAUCAAAAACUGGGCUAGACGUUCACUUCAAACAAUCCAUGAAGAGGCCAGAACCUCUUUUAGAUAUUACAUCUCAUGCCUCAAACUUGGUAAUAUCCAAUAAGAACGAUCCAACCUUGAAAGAACUUUCAACUUAUCAUUUAUUCUCACCAUUUAUCAAUGUUUUCACUUUUAACUCCCUAGCCAUUGAUGAGCAUUUCCAGAGUAAAUGA